AUGGCUUCAACUCCUUCAAGUAUUUAUGCUGAGGAAAAGCAAAGUGAGUCAAGUAAGUAACGACAAUUAACGAUUAUUGAAAGUGCUGAAUAUUUGUAAUUGUGCUAUUUAUUUAAAAUGGGUUUUAAAUUAAUGGUUUUAUAUGCUCCUGUAUAUUAAUAUUUUAAUAAAAGAAUAGACGAAUAGUUCCAUGAUUUACGUAUAUUUAUUAUAUAAUGAAUAUUGAAUAGUACACAAUUUAUGAUCAUGUUUAUCAAUAUUAAUGAAUGAAUAUUCAAUAACUCAUUAAUUCAAGUCUUAUAAAUGAAUAAUGACAGCCUUGUGAUUCAAGUUUGUGUUGGACUGUAUUUAUUACUCUUUCAUAUUAAUAAUAAUGAUAUGCCAUAUGACACUAUAUUACAAUUGCCAGGCGAACACUUGCAAAAUAUUAACAUACAAUAUUAUUAUUGCGAAGUUUUACAGUGUAUAAUUAAACUAUUGUUAUGAAGUUGUGGCACUGGCAACAUUUCUUUUAAUAUACUGCUUUUAUAGUUUGUGUCUCUUGUGAGAAUGAAUAUUCAGGAAGUCAUUGUUGUUAUUCCUGCACAAAACCCUGCCACAGCUUCGAGCCGUGUAGCAUUCCAGGGCCAGAGGAGGGUUAUGGGGCUAUGGUACUGUGUUCCAAAUGCCAAGGUAUUUAUUGUAAAUCAGUUUUUUACAUAGUAUUACAUCAGUUUAAUUACUGUUGCUGAUUGGCCCAAUUGUAAUUGUCAAAAAAUAUUCAUUUCAAUUAAGGUGAAAAAACAGCUACGAAAAGGCAAACUGGUAUUGCAAAUUUUUUCCAAAAAGUUGAAUCAAACCCCAAGAGAUCUCUGUCACCUUCAUUAGCACCUGGUGUAACUGGGAAAAAGUUACGAACAAAACUUGAUUUGCAGCCACCAUCGAAGUUGCCUUGUGUUUGUAUGACUUGUUUCAAGUACGUUAUUUGAUCAAAGUUUCAAAAAUCAUCCUCUAAGAUAGUAUUAACUCUUUUCUGCUCACAACUCGAUUAACAUAUCAGACCAUAUCAUUCUGUAAUAUUUACAGAAUAAGUGAUGUGUCUGAGUGAAUGAGUGAUGCUUUCACAGAAGGGAUGCCAAUUUUAGAAACAAUUUUAAAAAUGUCUAUACAAUUAUUGACAAAGGGAUUUGGUAGCAACCCACAAUUGUUGUUUAUAUACAAUUAGAUGAAACAGGAUUUUUAUAUGAAUUGUGAAUUCAAAGUACAUUUUUAGUACAACUCUUUAACCCUUUUAGUGGCAUUGUGCAUUGCAUUCAUAUGACAGUUUUUUAAUCUGUAUAAUGUCAGACGAUUUUACUUUUGCAAGAAAAUUGCUUGCACCAAUGAUUUAAAGAAAUAUCACAUCAAUAAAUGUUAGGGUUUUGUAUAAUCAGAUGUAAAAAUUUGAAUAUAUUGAUUUUCCAAAAAAAAUCAGAACUGCAAACAACUGCCUGCAGCUUUGUUUCCAUGAACCUUUCAAUUCCCUCAAGUCUACCUCAACUUGCUUUCAUGUUUUUAGCAAUAUUAAACCAAACUUCUUUUUCAGUGCUGAUAAAUCCAUGUCCCCUUAUAACUAUUAUCUUUGUCGAAGUGAUAAGCAAACAAAAGAAAGGCAUCUUUCAAAAGCACAUAGUGGGAUAAAAACACAUCUUGUCCAAUUUGUUGAUGCUACUGCUCCACUUGCUUCAGAAGCCUUAAAUGCUUACAAAAGUAUUUGCCUGAAAAAAUUGGAAAUCACAAAGGAAACAAUUAAUUCCAGUCAAAGUGAAGAUGGUCUUUUGUCACCAACUCAUCAAAGCUUAGACAAAACAUUGUCAAUUGGCCAUAGUAACCUAGAAGAAAAGAUGGAUGUGGUAGUUUCUAUGUUGAAAGAUUUAUCCACCAAAAUCUGAUAUGUCAAUUCUGGUUAAUGAACUCACCACAGAUAAAUAUAUGCAAAGCAGCAUUUUUUGUGUGGACUGGAGUAAGAUAGAGAAUAUAAUCCAAUUGACUGAAAAAAUCAAGAGUGUCAGAUUCUUUGCCGGUGCCGAAAGUUUCCAGAAAGGAUGUGUCAGGUGUCAACUGUGUUUUGAAUACCUUUCCUCACGAGACAACCAUUUGAAAAGACACGAUCCGAUUAGAAUUGAAGAUAUAUAUAUAUAUAUAUAUAUAUAUAUAUAGUAGUUGGUUUUGUAUUAUUGUUUAAUGGUACGUAUGUAUUUUAUUGUAGAUCAUUUUAUGUCGACGAGGUAGUAUCUAAAAUGAUCGGCGUGGAAAUGAGCAUUGCCACAGAUAUUGCACUUGCCCUUGGCAGUACUGAGUCAAUUGUCGAAUCAUUAUACUCAGUAAUGAAAAGUCAAAGCAUGGAAGGUGGCCAGAGCAACAGCACUUUAGCUUUGAGGUAUACUGUAUUCGCCAUAUUUUUUUCAAAUUGUAUAUUUACUAUUGCGAUCGUUGUCUAAAAUCCUUUACCACUGCAAAAUGUAUACAUUCAACCUUUUCCGUUCAAAUCUUUUGAAAUUAGCCAUUAAUUAGGCUCUUUGUCAAAUUAAACAUUGAACGGUUAUUUCGAGUGCGAACUAUAAGCAGUUGCAACUGCUCUUAGUAUAAGGUUUAAAGAUGUAUGUAAUUUUCAUCUCCAUACCACUCCUCAACAUUUAGUUCCAUCUAGUCAAAUAUCCAAUUUUUGUCAAAUUAGUAUAAUGUUCUUAUUGCCAAAUUUAGAACAAAAAUUGAUUGGUUAAUGCCAACCGUAAUUAAAGCUGAUAAACUUGUAACUGGAAUUGCACAACUAUAUCAUGAUGGCGACAAAAGUCACAAUCUACCCAAGCAUCGCUGGCCAAUCUUGAGCUACAGAGCUACCUAUGGCCCGGGAAAAGAUUUGAGUAAAGUCAUGACUAAGAAGACCACCGAAGGAGUUCGCUUACCGUUUCUUCUGUAA